CCGAGCAGGAGACCUCGCCAGGAGUAAAAAUGGCGGAGUCGGUGCUAGAAGAUGUCCGAAAGCUCCAGUCUCGGCUCACUAGCGCUUCGGAACCGAAGAAGCUGUUGAAGAGUUUGAAGAGACUUUCUGAACUGCCAAUGACAAUUGACAUUCUUCAGGAGACUGGAGUCGGAAAGAGUGUGAAUAGUUUACGAAAACAUGAACAGGUUGGAAUCUUUGCCAAGAACUUGGUAGCAAUAUGGAAGAAGCUGCUGCCAGUUUCACAGGAAAAAGUGCGGCAUAAUCUUGAACCUACAGAACAUGACCGAAACCUUUCUAGGAAACGACACCGAGAUCUGUUGCCCAAAGAGGGCUGCUCAGAGACACACCAGCCUUCUUGCAGCCAGUCAUACGAGUUGGAUUGUGGAACUAAAAAGGUCAAGAGGUGUUCAGAGCCAGAGAAAUCCCAUCAGGAGGUCAGCUAUGGCAUCCCACAAGACAGGUCAUGGAGGAGAGGGUCCUCUGACCAGGAGUGUUCUGACUAUGGCCAUGCCGUCUCAUCUGAGCUCAGUGAAAGUCCUCAGGAACUCUAUGUGGACCUCUGCCAUGCUGAAGAACAAGAGAAGGAACAAAAAUCCUUUUCUCAAAAGGGGAUGAAAAGCCCCCCAUUUCAGGACCGACCAGAAGUUACUCAUCAUAGGCAUUUCAGUGACUCUCAAGAGAAACCUAGUACAAGUCAGAGCAAAGAGCCUAAAUCUUCUCACAAAGAGAGGCAGCGGCCAGAAGCCAAGGGUGAAGACAAGGCCUCCGUGUUCAGCUCAGAGAGGCUGCCAAAGGCUUCUUCUUCCUUCCACGAAGCUUCCUUACCAGGCAGCAGCAAGGAGAAGCUGAAGGCCCCAGACAGCCUCAAGCGAGAGAAGAAAAAAGAUGGCGCCAGCAGCAGCGGCAUCAAGAGACAGAAGACACACUUUGACUUGGAGGAUAGCUUGAAUGAACAUAGGAAGAAACAAAAAACUCAUGACUUGGAAAAGGCCAAAGCAGAGAAGAUAAAAUUUAGCCUGGAAACCAUAUGUGUAGAUCAGGAGAAACCAAAACCUGAGGGAGACUUUCCUCAUAAGAACAAGGAGAAGAAGAGUUCCAGCAGCUUUAAAACCUCUGAAGCCAAACCCAAAGUCUUCGAAUCACACAAGAGGCCUGCAGGGUUCUCCCCUCCCGGAGAGGUGGAGGAUGAGUACGAGCAGCCCACCAUGUCCUUUGAGUCCUAUCUGAGUUACGACCAGCCUCAGAAGAAAAAAAGGAAGCUGGCCAAGCCGACUACCGCUCCAGCCCCAGAGAAAGCACACAGCAGCAAGCAGAAUGGCUCCAAGUCAAGUGCCAAGAGCUCGGAUGCCAGCCGGAAAGCUCCCAAGCCACCGAGUGAGAAGAAACCGGUGGAGGCCUCUGCACCUAAAACAAAAAAAAUCCUCAUUGAUGUGCUGCCAAUGCUCCCUGACAUUCCAUUGCCUCCAAUUCAGGCAAAUUAUCGCCCUCUUCCCUCACUUGAGACGGUCCCAUUUGUCCAACCAAAGAGGAAAGCCCUCUCCUCCCCAACUGCAGAGGAUGAGGCUGGUUUCACAGGACGUCGGCUGAAUUCCAAGAUGCAGGUGUACUCGGGCUCCAAGACUGCCUAUCUUCCGAAGAUGAUGACUCUUCAUGAGCAAUGCAUCCGGGUGCUCAGCAAUAAUAUUGACUCCAUCUACGAAAUAGGCGGUGUCCCAUAUUCUGUACUUGAGCCUGUUUUGGAACGCUGCACCCCAGAGCAGUUGUAUCGCAUCGAGGAGUGCAAUCACGUUUUAACUGAAGACACAGAUCAAUUGUGGCACAAUCAUUGCCAGCGUGACUUCAAGAAGGAGAAGCCAGAUGAGUUUGAGAGCUGGAGGGAAAUGUACCUACGGCUGCAUGAUGCUCGAGAGCAGCGACUUCUGAUGCUAACGCAAAACAUCCGUUCAGCUCACGCCAAUAAACCCAAAGCCAGAGUAGCUAAGAUGGCAUUUGUCAACUCAACAGUCAAGCCACCCCGGGAAGUGAGGAGAAGACAAGAAAAAUUUGGGACUGGAGGAGCGGCUGCUCCAGAGAAGAUUAAAAUCAAACCUGUAUUGUUCACGGCAACUAAAAGUAGCAGCGUUCACGCAGAAGAGGAACAGGAUUACGACAGGCCCAGUACUAGUAGUGGCCCCUCAUGUUCAUCCAUGGGCAGCACUUCAUCGGUGUCCUAUGACCCAAGGAAGCCCCAGGUGAAAAAAAUUGCACCCAUGAUGGCAAAGACUAUCAAAGCUUUCAAAAACAGGUUUUCUCGACGAUAAAGGAACUGUCAGGCUCCCGUGAAUGCGAAGGAAAAAAAAAAAUCUUAUGGAAGCAGUGCUUACAGGAAAUUGGGGGGUUUUGGGGGAGCCCUCCAAAGCCCUGUUUAAGACCAACUGCACAGUAUUGUUCAAAACCACCUUCCAAUUUCCUCUCUUUGUCCCCGUAAUUUUUGUUUUAUCUGCCAAGUGUUUUGCAAAUGUGAAGUCUUGGCACCUGGCUGAGAAACGAAGGUCCACAAACUAUAGCGCUUUCUUCAGUCUCUUUUUCUGGAUUCCAGAAUGGAAAGAGAACUGCCUUCCACCAUCUGCAGUGUUUUUUUUUUUUGUUGUUGUUUUUUUGUCUCCCCUCGGCCAGUUGUAAGACUUCAGAUCUGCUCUUCUAUUCUCCACUGUGAAAGACCAUCUAUUUUGCAGAUACUGUUCAUGGUUAGCAACCGGUACUAAAGGACCACUUGGGACUUUUAUGAUCUUGGUCAACCUUCCGGCAAGUGAUUUCCCCCAAACAUCAUUUUCUCCUUCUUUCUGUUUUUCAGUCUCAGCUUUUAAGUGUUCAUCUCAUGCCUAAAAACCCUUUGUGCCAGAUACAAGCUGAUUGGCCUUUCUAUACAGGGACAUCUGGAAGGGCCACUGUCGUUCUGUUCAUUUGGCAAAGGAAAAAAAAAAUAAAGUAAGAAAUGGGUACACGUUAUUUUAAACUCGUAGGAAAAACAAAAGCAGCACAACUCAGGAAGCGAAGAAUAAGUCACUUUGCACAAAUCGGGAUUUAAAGCAUUCAUCUGAGGUUUCUUAUUUUAAAAAUGUAUAGACGAUAAGGGGGAUAGGUUCUCCUCUCCCCAUUUUAAAUUGAAAAGAAGGAUUCUCUUCUUUGAUCCCUCUGGUUUUUACAACAGAGCAGGCACUUUAAUUCACUGUUACACCUUAAAGAGCUUCAGUGACAAAAUGUCAUUCAUCUAGGUGCUCUCUACGGGGGAUUCUAGAAAUUGAAGUGACAACACAUCAGCUUGGGUUAGAAAUCAUUUCCAUGGAAAGGAUUGUAGGAACCCCCAGUUUAUUUGUCCCUCUCUAAUGUAGAGGGUGUUUUUAUUUUGGUUAAUGUUGUUUUAAAUUUAGGCAAACGUUACAUGAAUUGGCUUUUAACUUAUGUUUUUAUCUUGUUUAAUGCAGGUUUAAAUUUAAGGAAACAUUACAUGAAUUGGCUUUUAACUUGUGUUUUUAUCUUGUUUAAUGUAGGUUUAAAUUUAAGCAAAUGUUACAUGAAUUGGCUUUUAACUUCAUUAACCAGAUCCCUCUGGUUUUAACAACAGAGCUGGCACUAUAAUUCACUGUUACCCUUAAAGAGCUCCAUUGACAAAGCUUCACUCGUCUAGGUGCUCUUUACGGGGGAUUCUGGGAAUUGAAGAGGCAACACCUCAAGUCGAGUUAUAAAUCAUUUCCAUAGAAAGUAUGGUAGGAACCUCCAGUUUAUUUGUCCCUUUCUAAUGUGGAGGUUGUUUUUAUUUUAUUUAAUGUUGUUUUAAAUUUAGGCAAAUGUUACAUGAAUUGGCUUUUAACUUCAUUAACCAGAUCCCUCUGGUUUUAACAACAGAGCUGGCACUGUAAUUCACUGUUACCCCUUAAAGAGCUCCAUUGACAAAACUUCACUCAUCUGGGAGUUUCCUUAUGUCCCAGAACAGAAAAGGUAGGCCCAGCCAAGGGGGCAAGAUUUGGUCUUUAGUAACAGCAUCCGUUAUGGAAUAAUCUACAAGAACAUUUCAUGCACAGGACAAGCCAGGGGAAAAGAAUUUUGAGAGUGGUCCAUCUCUCUCAAUGCUUAUUGGCUGCUGCUAUUUUAGUCCUGGAAGGGACUCUGAGCUCAUGAUCUUAUAUGUGCUGAUGUUGAUAGGUGUGUGUUGUGCAGGGGAAAGACAGAGCUGGUUUUGGAAGGCUUGAUGGUGUGUUUCCUUUGUGCCAUGGUUGAAUGAAUGUAAAUGUCCAUGUGUUUUAUGAAGGACCCUGACCUUUUCCUGAUAAUAUGGAUGGAGGAAAGAGUGGUUCUCCCAGUGACCUCCUAGUGGCACCAUUCUGAACUCUGGCCUUUGGGCUUUCUGCUGAUACCCAGGUCAUCAUGAGAGUAGCAGUCACAAGAGCCCUGUUAACUUAAAAACCAGUAAUUCCUCCAUAAAAGUAAAGCUGGAGUGGAUAUGUAGUGUGUGCCAUGUGGGAUAAGAAAACCCUCUUGAUGUUCUAUGUUCAGUCCAACAACAUUCUCUCCAACACAUAGGAAAGAGACAGCGUCUUUUAAAAAACCAUCAGAAUUAAAUUUUUAUAUGCAUUUAUAUGUAUUUUGUGUAUUUAUGUAUAUAUACACAUACAUACACUAUGUGUGUAUGUACACCCACAUGAAAUGCAUAUAAAUUGUAAUUACGGUAUAUGCAUUUUGUCUAUGUAAGGAUGUGUAUAUGUAUGUACACAUAUAUCUGUAUGCGUAUAUAUAUGCGUUUGUGUAUAUAGAUAGAUA